GGUCUUGGGAACUCAAUGGAUGAAAAGUCAUGGUCACUUUGUUGUUGUUGUUGUUGUUGUUGUUGUUUUUUCCCAAGUCAUGGUAAGAGGCUCAUGAUGACCCUCGUAAUGAAGAGUUGCUUUUAAACUGGAUUGUGAUCUUAUUAAAAUACAUUUAGUUUGUUGUUAGCUGCUCUUCUGUUGGGACUGUUUUCAACCUUCUGACGCGUCUUGCAACCCCUGCCAAGUAAGACGUUGGAGGUAAGGUUACUAUCGAAAUGCUGGUCUCUUAUGAAAGAAAGAGAGUCACAUGAAUGCAUAGGCUGAGCGGCUUCGUAUGUGGGAAGUCUCAGUGUUCUUUCAGAUGGCUGAGGGAAACCAACCAACUACAUUGUAAGCAAGUGACAGAGGGGUUAAUAUUCAGUGUGACCAGCUGGCCUAGGCUGUCUGAGUGCAUCGAGAGAUCACUAUUGGUAAUUGAUCCAUCGACCUCUGUUGAUCUGUUUGAGAUUCACUAUUGAUUUCUGAGACAUGUCUUUUCCGGAGCGCGCUUCAGAAUUUGGGAGAGCAUUAGGGAAUCCACUGUUGAGAGCUGGGUCAAAUAAUGCAGCUUCACUUUGUUCUUUUCGUCUUGUUUUAGACAAAGGCUCAUUGUGUUCUGUGAAGGCUCAGGUCUUGUGUAACUUGUUGACUUUUUAUAUGUACAUAUCAGUCUUGCUAGACUGCCUUCAUGGCAGUUGCUCAAGCCAGAUGGGAGAAAGAAAGUUGUGGAAGCCAACCAGUACUUGUUUAGGCGCGCUCUUUGUCUCUCUGUCUCUGUGUGUCUCUGUGUCUGUUUCUGUCUCUGUCUCGUGCACACAUAGAUGCAGACACACGCUUCCCCCUUCCACCCCGCACAAAGAAGAGAAAAAGACACCACCUUCAAAGUCGGCACUGUUUUGUAAAAGGUUCUUAAAAUCGAAAAGGAAAAAAAAUCUUUCAAGGAAAUCGGCUAACAUUCCGCUCUCUGUUUUCUCAAUACAAGGUUUAGAACGAGAACUUUUGUUACCCAUCUGUCCUUACUUAAGGAGCUAGAGGAAUUGACUUUGCAAGCAUGUCACAUCAUCAUUUGUGUUGGGUUGGCAAGGGCGAGAUGUGUGUUUCAGAGGAUGUGCUCUGAAAAUGUUUCAAAUAUUUGGGCUUUUGAAAAUGUAUACUCGAUCAUAAGGCAUGCCUGUUGCUUCAGCCAGUUCUAGGCAGCAGAAGUUCUGGACGGGAACAAGUGGCCUUUCCUUAACCCCCGCUAACCUCGCUGCUCAUUUUUCUUGUCUAUAGUAAAAGCCAAGUUAAAGGUUUCUUUUCUAACUUUGUUAUGUGUAUGUAAGUGCCUGAGGGUGCAAAAUGGUUAUAGGUGUCCACAGUGCUUUCUUAGUGUACUGUUUACACUGGUCGUUUAUCCUCAGGUAUUUAAGAAAAGACUUUAUUAAUGACAGUAAAUGUUCUAAUUGGGCAACUUAGAAACUCGAGAGUGCCAACGAUUGAUGUAGCGUGUGUGUGUGUGUGUGUGUGUGUGUGUGUGUGUGUGUAAUUCCUACAGAAAAGAGCAAGAUAGAAAUGUCUGUGGAGUCUCUGUCAGUUUGAGCAAGACCCACUCUGGGCUUUUAAGUUGGGGAUUUCUCUGAGAAUCUCAGGGAAACUGUCUUUAAAGACAUUUAGCCGUCUCACUCUUCCCAUUCCCUGGUUCACCUUUCCCUGCUGGUGGGUUAUUAUUUAUGCCGACACGUCCCUAAGCUAACCCAGUUGCUUGACUGGUACGGUGCCCGAAGGAAGGAUGCUGCUGUAAUACCAUUUGGGAGGUCGCUUAGGAAGGUUCGCAUUCUUACAGCUUAUGAAAGAUUUAUUGGCAGCCACAUGGAUCAGACUACCUUCGGUUUGGUGCUCCUCAUGUAUCCCAGAAUCCCUCCUCAGGCCUGAAUACCAGCCAAAUGCCUGGCCAUUGGUUUCCAGAGCACCACAGUAAUGGCCGCCUGAGUGCCGGCGACAGGGACCUUGCAAAAAAAAAAAAAGAAAAGAAAAAAAAAAAGAAAGCAGUAAAGGCCUUUCAUCAGAAUAUAUUUCAAAUUUGACUUAAGAUAUUUUGAGAUCUCUUAUUUGUGGAAGAGAAGAAGCUGCCGAUGCCAAUAUGAGGUAGAUUGGUCAACCUAUGUACAGCCAACUUGACAAGCAUCUGUUGUAAUGCCGAAGAUUUGUAAACACCAAACAAUGUUUUUACCUCCUUAAAAGUUUUGAGAACUUGCCAGUACCGGCAAGAAGCAGAGACUGAAAUGUGCUUCCCAAUCCAUGCCAAGACCAUUGUGGCCUUUGCACCUGCAACACAUUUUUAUUUUCAUUUCUUUGAAAAUGUACCUUCUCCCUUCCAGAAUGCCCCCUCUCCUCUACAUAGCCACCAAAUUGAGAUUUUUUUCUCUUUUAAAAUAUGCACAUUGAUUAUAACUUCAUGCACUGGCUGCUUUUUUUUUUUGGUCAAAACAUUAAAAUGUGAAUACUGGAAGCAAAUGCAUAAUCAAAUAUUUGUAAAAAGCAGGGGUGAUUUUUUUUCCCUUAAGGCUUAGAGACGAUAAAAGCCAAUACUUUGACUAAAUCCCUAAAUCUGGUGGCAUUAGAACUGUGUGAAUUUUGUGGCAGAUACACAGUAAAAAGGAGAAUGAAGGCAAGUGAUUCCGGGCCUGAGACUUUCAUCUUGUUCAGUCUAUAAAAUAACAAAGCCAUUUUAUGUCUUUAAUUCGAUCUCUAUUUGCAUUGUCUCUCCCAUGUAUCAUAUGACGACUUGGUGGUAUUGUGGUAUCAUGGCAAAUGGUUUUCUUUGUGGGCGGGUAACAGUAAAGCUAAUUUAUGACCAGUCUUUACCAGAUGAUCUGUAUCAGAAUCUCCAAUAUACCCGGCACGUGGCAAGGUCACAAUUUAAGUUGUUAAGGUCAUAACCUUAGCCACCAGGCAUUUGACCUUUUAGAUAAAGUUAACCUUUGUUCAUUAGUAGGCACUCAACCGAGAACUUUCUGGAGAGUUUUUUUCUUUCCUUCCUUCCUUUCUUGCUUCUCUCUCUCUCUCUCUCUCUCUCUCUCUCUCUCUCUCUCUUUCUUUUUUGAAACUGCUCCUGUAUAACUCUGGAAAUGUAAUCAUAUUCUAAGUGCUCUGUUAAGUUAGUUAAAUUUUGCUUAGAGGUUGGACUUUUAAAAAGGAUUACUUUCCUGGACACAGGAGGAUUGCUUUGUCUAUGACAUAAAAUGAUCAUCGCUAUUUUUGUUUGGCGCUACCUGAUGUGGGGUAGAACGGCAGCUCUGAGAUAGUCUUUACCUGUGGUGACACUUAAAAAAUCUAAAAUCAAACACAUGGAAUUAUGUUUACUUCAACAGAGGUACUAAUUUGUAGGUGGCAAUGGGCCUAAAGCUGAAGCCCACUGAGCCAUGGUCACUGCUUAAAGGUGAGGACUUUCCUAAGAUUGCAAGGAUUUUUAGCUGUCUUAAAGAUCCACUUGGAAAGAUUUAAGUGACCGAAGUUGUCAGCAAAUUGCUCCAACUGCUAAUUAGCCAGAGACAAAGGAACCGAUGCUGUCCCAGUGGCAGUGCAAGUGUGUGUGAGUUUUAAGACGGAAAGUGAACACUUGUGUAGUGGAACCUUUCAGAACAAUGGCUACCGGUUGGUCUGUUUCCGCCCUCACAGGAAGAGCAGUUUCAGUAUCCCAGCAGCUUGGUACCCAUCCUGUAACCUGCAGGGCCGGAUUUUCAUCACCACGUCCCCUGUACGGAACUGUUCCUUUGGUUAUGCUCUCAAUAGCACUCAUUUUAAGUUGGAACUCUGCAAGUUUGCCUAUGAUGAGCCACGUGUUUCUGUUUAAGCCCCUAGAGGAGCUAUUCCCAUUCAGGUGCAUGUUGGUUUUAUUUUGGCCUCGUGACUGCCAUUCCUUCAUAUAGUACUAGAGAAAAACCAUGAUAUGCAGAUAGACCAGAUGGUUAUGUUGACAGAUUGAGAAUUCACUUCCUACUGCUUGAGAGCAGGUGUAGGAUGGGGAGUGCCUGUGAGUGUGUGCUUUGUGUGCAUGUGUGCACACUCAGGCUGCACUCGGAGUGCUGCUUAAGCAGUAGCAAUGAUUUCAGUAGUGUUCAGAAGAUGCUAUUUUUAAGUGUGGAAUCAUUAAACAUGAGGUUAUAGUGCACAUAAAAUAAUUUUAAACAUUAUAAACAAGUCAUAUUAUUUUGUUAUAUUUUAUGAUUCUAUGUCAAAUUAGUUUUUUUACAAUGCACUAUCUUUUAGGUGACUUAGCACAUUUGUUAGAGGGGGUUUUGCAUUUCUAACAUAUUCAGAAUGCUCUGCUGGCACGUAUAUGUGUAUAUGUGAUAUGAAUGUGUGUUUAUAUCCAAGACUAAGGCUGUACAUAUAUAAUUAAACUUCGUAAGAAGCUUAACUCCCAAGCAGAAACUUGUGCACACAGCUCCUUUGAUUUGUGGUGAUAAAGAAUGUUUGGAAAAUGAAGGGAUAAGACUAAUUAAUAUAUGGCAAUGCUUAAAAUUAAGAGAGACCUUUCCUGUAUCCCAAAUUCCAAUCCUGACCUUCAGCUAAAUUCAUGGUAAAUUUUCCUUUUAUUAAUAUAGUGUAAAUUAUUGAUACAUGUAUACAGUUUUAUCUCUUAAUUCCAUAAAGAUAGUUUUAAGAACCAACAAAUGAGGUUAAAUAUGACAUUUAGAGCUUUAAGUGGGGUCAGCAGUAACUUGAGGAUAGUAACAAUAUCCUUUUCCUUGAAUGUAGUAACAAAAUCCAGUGCUUAGAAGAUAGUUAAAACGAUGAAAGUUCAAAGGCAGAGCUCUCACAAGUAACAGGGAGCAAAAGUUGGUUGGGAGGAAGCCUUUCAGUGGAGGUCAGUUUGUUUAUGGCUAAGAGGUUUGACUGUGUUGGUUAGAAAAUUUCCCAAUGCUAUUGGCAUGGUUUGCCUGUCUUCCUUCCCACCCAGUGAUGAAUAGCAUUAAUUUUAAACCUAUUUAAGGCUAGUGUGGGAGAAACCACAGCUUUUGUUGUGGUCAUUUCUGUACACAGUAGGACUGGGUUAGGGCCUGGAGUUGCUUCCAGGGGAUACAGAACAGCCUGUCCGGUUUUAAAAAUCUCUCACAGAAGCAACUGCUCCUAAAUGUCAAUAUAGAUUGUUGAAGUAAUACUGAGGAUUACAAGAGAAGGAAAAAAUGCAAAUUCAGUUUAACAAACGUGCAAAAAUCUAGUUUUGUACUAUUCCUCUGGUAAUUUCUCUAUUGUUAUUUAGAAGUGAGAACUUAUGUUUAAAGAUAUUAUAAAUUGUAAACUCUCGUGGGAUGGGGGAGAAGAGAAGGAAGCCAGGUGGAGGAGGAGAAGUUUGUAUAAACAGGCGUGCAUUGUUAAGGGAAAUGUAAAACCAUAGACUUAAUUGCAAGUGGAUAUACGCUGAAGGUGUUUUGGCCUAUGCAACGAUUAUAGACGAUCUCAGGCAGGAGGAUGUCCAAUGAAGAAAUUUAUCAUGCACACUACUACUUUUUUUCUUUUGUAUAAUUAAUUUGAGACAAAAAUGCUACUUGUAGCUUCAGAAGGUUCAGUUCAAAACUUUAGAAAGAAACGUUUCACAAAGACUUCUGAAGUUUUGGCUUCCAGCGAGGGGCUCUAGGAGUCACAGCUUGGCAAGGAUGCUGUGGACAUUCUUCUGGUCUCUGUUGACUUGCAUCAUGUAACGCACAGUGCCGGCUGGCCACUUUCAGGCUCUCUCUCUCUCUCUCUCUGAUGUAAUGGCAGCCCACACGUUAUAGAUCCAGACUCCGAUGUCUCUGAGCUCGACAGGGUUUUCUCACUUCUACUUAAAUAGAAGUGACGUUUCCCUUUUGUCUCCCACACCCCAUAUUGGAGAACACAUUCAUUUUUUGUUAUGGUUACUGCAGUGUUUUAGCUAAUGGAAUCAGUCCUCCCGUCACUGUUCUAGUUAAAUAAACAUGGGCUUGGAAGCAAAGAAUGAUAAGUCCAGCAAAUGGUAAAGGCAGCAACUCCACAGCAGAAAACACGCUUGCUGUUCUGCUUGCAAAAGAAGCUACAGAGGACAAAAAAAAAAGAAAAGAAAGAAAAAGAAGCCCUUCCGGUCCAUGUGCCUUGUCACUUUUUGGUCUUCUUUGAGCUGUGCAACACAUUGCUAACUCGACAAUGAUUAGGGAGGGCCAUGGUGACUAUGAAUUGAAGGAGAAUUACAUCUUUGAGAAGUUUACGUUGACUCUUACGUAUUUUUAUGUCUUUCAAACACCUGAACUGGUCGUAGAUAUUUGCGGCCCACAUCAGCUGAGAGUGACAGAUAUGGAACCUGAAGGAAAGGAACAGCCAAGCUUGUGUGAGCCACGGCCAACACUAUACUGAGCUCACCUUAUACUUAGCUUGCUCUCUUAAACUCUGUUUUAUUUUCCCAAUGCUGGGUACCUCUACCUUGCUAGGCUAGAGGCCUACCUCAGACUACUCCCAAUGCUCGCCCUUUGCUCGCCCUUUCUUUUCUUUUCCUCUUUAACUCUUUCCUCACAUUGGCAUUGUAAGUGACAAACUAAGGAGAGCAGCCUGCAGCACCAUCGCUUGCUACUCAUAGUGACAUCCAGGCAGGUCUGCUGACUGGAAACCAAUUGUUUUAAAAGCCAUCUACACCCACCUUAGACCAUCUUCAUAACUUGCGUUUUUGUAACGGGCUCCAUUUAAGCAGGGUAACACAGCCAAACUGUCAAAAUCUAAACCUUUCUGUGGAGAUAUUUUUCUCGACAGUUCAAUCUUAGCCAUAAAAGAGACCAAGUUGGUUAGGAGAAAAAUGGUCUCUUGUCAGUGUUAGGGUCAAAAUUCUGGAGUGACUUAUUACUUUUAGAAUGGUGAAGUGAAUAAAUGUGUUUGAAACAGGUUUAAAAUAAUUCUAAAGACUCAGAUUAAUGAAUUCUAGAUACUUUCAGGUGACACUGACUAUUAAACCAAAUAUUACCUAAAAAUUAAUUUUAACAUAUUUAUGUGCAAUCUUGAUAUACUUAUAUAUGUGCAGGGAAUAAUAUUUUAAAUCUAUAAUGAUUUAAUUUUAAAAUUAAAAAAAUUGCUUUGCUUUGAAAUUUGCCUUUGGUUUUACGUCAAUAAUAUAAAAGAAAGCAAAACUCAUGUUCCAAAUUUAUUACUUUAAUUUUUAUUACUUUAAUUUUAAAAAUUAAAACAGAAAACUAUGAAGACAGAAAUGACUGAUUUUAGUGCCCUUAUUUUGAUUUUUGAAGCUUUAUACAAGGUUUAUUCUUCAGGCUCAGAGGACACUCUUUUGAGACAGGGUUUCUCUGUGCAGCUCUGGCUGUCCUGGAACUCGCUCUGUAGACCAGGGGAUUAAAAGGUGUGCGCUGCCAUGCUCAGACAGGAUUAGUUCUUAAUGAUUGCAAGGUAAAACCACUGGAAGUAGGGUAAAAAAGACCCAUCACUACGAUUCAUACCACACUGGUUCUUUGUACGUAUUAAUUCUUCUCAUGUUGCUGACUUGAACUUUUAUUAAAUAAAACAGAAAUAUCACCCUUUCCCCCCUAAGAGACAGGGUCUCACUGUGUAGCCCCUACUGGCCCAGAACUUGUUGAUUUCUGCAAGGCUGAACUCACGGAGAUCCGCCUGCCUCUGACUCCCUAGUGCUGGACUUAAAAGCGUGCGCCAUCAUACUGAGCUUGAAAUACUCUAAGCUGGGCAUCGGAAAGCAGUCACGUUAUCUCGGCAUUCUUCAGGGUGAGGCAGGAGGAUUGCUAGCUUGGGCUAUAGAACUAGGUCCUCUCUCAAAAGUUCAAGGAAGAGAGAGGGGGUCUGUUAGAGAAUUCUGUGAAACUGAAGCACUUGGCAGGUUAGGUUACUGUUCUUGAUCGCUGUUGUCUGGGUGACUUUAUUUUGUUCUGCAGUCUUGCUAGCCCGGGACUGGGUAGCACACGGCCAUGCUGUUGGACAAGGUAUCUACAGUAAGUCACACAGCCUGUUCUGGGUAGGAAUAGUUGGUAGGGAAAGGUAUUUGCCAGCAAGUACCAAUGUCAGUAUUUGCUAUCUUUCCAAAAUCGGAGACAAAUUUCUUAGUAUCAGAAAUCUGAAGCCAUCUCACCUGUGUCGACCUGUGGGUUCCCUUUCCUGCUGGAGGCAUUCGCAGUUAGGUAUAUUUUAAUCUUAAAGGGAUUACUUACCUAAUUUUAAGCUCCCUGCACAAAACGAUUAUUGUGCAUACAGGAUUCCAUAUUGUCAGUUUGAAAUCUUCUAUUGACUUGCAGAGGAGCUGACAUGAAAGUGUGGCAAACUCUCAUCCAGUUUUAUGAAAGUGUUGACUGCAGAAGAAGCCAGGUUAAAAGAGGGCCAUCGACAGGACCGAAGAGUUGAAGUGAGCUGGCGCCCUUCCCUGGGCCAUUGUGGAGCAUGUCAGGGAGUGUGGGAAGCUCACCAUUGCACCAUUGUGUGGGCUCUGUUGUAAUAGCACAUUAGCAUUAAACAUCACAGAUAUCCUUUCUGCUGAUGCUUUUAUUGGUUUUCUGUUUGUUUGUUUUUUGUUUUUUUGAGACACGGUUUCUUUGUGUCCUGGCUGUCCUAGAACUGGCUCUGUAGACUAGACUAGUCUGGAACUCAGAUCUACCUGCCUCUGCCUCAUGAAUACUAGGACUGAAGACUUGGUCAUGGAGUCUGCCAUCUGCUAGUGGUUUUCAUAGUAUGUUUUUCAGAUUUUCGUCCAUGGGAAAUGAUGGACUUAAGGGUAUGUUUGCAAUAUUGCAGUUAUUUAAAACUAAAAUGCUUGACCGAGGAUUCUAGGUGAGGAUUUGGCCACAGUUUGUUUGCAGGAGCAAUGUGUGUGUCUUUGUAGGACUGUGACAAGGACCUUUGGGUGGGAGUGUGUCAUCUGAGAUUAGUGAGUUCCUGAAACUGCUGCUGGAUCCAUUUAGUCGGCCCCCCUUCUCCUUUUGCAAACGGUAGAAAGGUUUUUGUUUUGUAUUGUAGUUUCCCGUAACUUCGAACAGUGAAGUCUGUAUAAUGUUGCUGUGUGCUGUGCGACAGGGCAGCAUUGCCAUGUGUGUCUGCAAGGAAAGACAGUCACCGCAGGUGGCUCAAAGUCUGGUGACCUGUCUUCGAUCCCUGGAACAUUCAUGGAGAACUAACUCCACAAGUUGUCCCCUGACCUCUACACCCAUGCCACAGCAAUGUGCUCCUGCAUGUCAUGGUCAUGUACACGCGCACGCACGCACACAAUAAUGGCAAAUUGCAAACAGUCACCACUUUUAAAAAUUUUCACGAAUUAUAUUUUAUGUUUUGAACUUUUUAAUGGCUUUAGAGCUUCAAUCAAAUGAGGCAGGGGUAAUAAUUUAAAAAAUAUAGUAUCUUACCAAGCUCAGAAUAUAUAUUAUAUGUAAAGUUAUAUCCAUAUAACAUAUAUAUGUGUAUGUACAUAUAUGUGUGUAUGUAUAUGUAUAUAUAUACAUAUUUUUGUGAGAAUUUUUCAAGCUGAAAUGUUACAGUUAAAGAAAUAAUUGUUCUUACAGUGUGUGUCCCUCAUCUCAGAAAGGAGGAAAACACCCACCGCAGAUAAAUGGUAUGCUUUGUACUUUUCCCACCUACAUUUCUAAAUUACAGUGACUGUUUCUCUAGAAAGGUCAGAAGUUUCAAACAAAAAGCUUUGUGAUUCUUCAAAGGGAGACAUUUUGAGUUUUUCUCCGUAGAGACUGGCCGUGCCUAGCUUUGGCUUCAUUGCCAGUCGCGCUUGGGAGGUGGCUGGGUGGAGGGUGACAAGUGAGUACUGCAGGGUCCUCAGACAGCUGACUGGUGGAGCAGGCAGAGGGUAGAGAGCCAGAUUAGACAGCCACACGGAUUCCACCUGGGCUCUCUACUCCGCACUCACUCAGUUUACAAGCCAGCACGCAGGCUCUCGCUCACCAUCGUGCUUUGCUGUAGAGCCUUCCUUGAGAGACUCAAAACACGGGGCAGCCAGAGAGGUUUGUGCAUCCGGGUACCAUGGUUAUGUGAAGUUUUA